UAAUGUUUCGGUUCAAAAUUUAUUUUUACAUUCAUGUUCACACGUAAUUUUAAGCAAAAUUCCUGUUAAUUCUUGUACAUAAGUUUUCAAAAUUUUAUAAAAAUGUGAUGUUUAUACAUAAUUGGAACAAAGAUUAUUGUCCUUAAAAUACUACAAUGUUUCCUACGCAAAAAUGGAUCGGAUUAGCCUUGUUGUAUAGGUUAAACUUUGUAACAAAAAGAUGCUUUAUUACUGCUGAAACAGAUGCUAAUGAGAAUGUAUUCUAUUCCAAAUCAAAAAACACGAGCAAAAAUGAAAAGCCUCAUAUAAAUAAGACCAAAGACGCUGCUCAUACAUCCAGUGGGACAAAAAAAUAUGAUGUAGCUAUAAUUGGUGGUGGAAUUGUUGGUACAGCAAGUGCAAGAGAAAUAAUUGGCCGUCAUCCUAAAUAUAAGAUGGUCCUUUUGGAAAAGGAAGAUCGUCUUGCAGUUCAUCAGACAGGCCACAACAGCGGAGUUCUUCAUUGUGGCAUUUAUUACACUCCCGGCUCUUUAAGAGCAAAAUUAUGUGUUCAGGGAAUUAAAUUAUUGUAUGACUAUUGUGAUGAAAAGAAAAUUCCAUAUAAAAAAUGUGGAAAAUUGAUUGUGGCUACAAAUGAAGAAGAAUUAAAAAGGCUAAAAGAUUUAUUUGAUCGUGGAAUUCAAAAUGGUGUACCUGAUCUAGAAAUUUAUUGUCAGUCUGAAAUUCAUAAAAUAGAGCCUCAUUGUUGUGGUGUAGGUGCUAUAUAUUCACCUAUUACUGGCAUUGUUGAUUAUGCUAAAGUAACAGAAACUAUGGGAAAAGAUUUCAAACAAUGUGGUGGUGAGAUCAAGGUUAGCUUUCACGUUGACAAAUUUGAAGAUUCGAAAGAUCCACAAUAUCCAGUAAAGAUCACAUCAAAAAAAAGAAGUAGUGGAAGCAAACAUGUUUUAGUAUGUGCUGGUCUAUUUUCUGAUCGUCUUGCUGUAAAGACAGGAUGUCCACGUAAUCCACAAAUAGUUCCUUUCCGUGGAGAGUAUCUAAUUCUUCUUCGAAAACGAAAUUUAGUUAAAGGAAAUAUUUACCCAGUCCCAGAUCCCAGAUUACCAUUUCUAGGAGUUCAUUGUACACCAAGAAUGGAUGGAAAUAUAUGGCUUGGUCCAAAUGCUGUAGUAGCUUUUAAACGUGAGGGCUAUAGAUGGAAGGAUAUUAAUAUAAGAGACACGUUAGAAAUGCUUACUCAUACUGGCUUCAUUAAAUUAACACUGAAAAAUUUGAUGUUUGGUUUUAAGGAAAUUUUGAGAUCUUGUUUUGUACCACUUCAAGUUGCUAAUCUGAAUAAAUUCCUGCCGGAAUUAACAGAAUUAGAUGUCAAAAGAGGACCUGCUGGUGGCAGAGCUCAAGCUAUUGAUGCUAGUGGUAACAUAUACUUAUGCAAAAAGUUCUGCUAG